AUGAAGCCUACCAUUAUUCCUCUCGUACUAGAAGGAGAAAUCGAAUACAUUACCAGGAGUGGGCCAUGUUAUGGCUCGGAGGAGCUAGAAAAGAAGAAGGGAAAGGGAAAAGAAGAAGAGCUAGUGAGGAACAAUGAACAGGGUGAUAAGGAAGAAGGAGAAACCAACAAAGAGAAGGAUGGAGACGAGCUACUCUGUAAUUUUGAUGAAGAAGAAGAGUGUAUAACCUUAAGGGAAAUAGCAGGGUGGCAAGAAUUAGAUGAACCUUGCCUUAUACCUUAUAGAGAUGGGAUGAACACCCUAAACUUAGGGACAGAAGAUAAUAAAAAGGAACUCAAAGUGGUGGAUAGUGAGGAAAUGCAAGAUAUGGUUCAGUUAUUACAGGAGUUCAUGGAUGUUUUCUCAUGGAGCUAUGAUGACAUGCCAAGCCUAGAUCCUCAAAUUUUGACUCAUAAGAUUCCUCUGAUUCCAGGGACAGUGCCAGAAAAGCAGAAACUGAGAAGGAUAGAUCCCGACACACUGUUGAAAGUCAAAGAUGAAAUCAAAAAGCAGUAUGAGGCUAGGUUCCUAGAAGUUGUAAAAUACCCUGAAUGGGUAGCUAACAUGGUCCUUGUAAUGAAGAAGGAUGGUAAAGUUAGAGUUUGCAUGGAUUACAGGGAUCUUAAUAAGGCAAGUCUUAAAGAAGACUUCCCGCUCCCACAUUGA